AUGGGAUCGAGUGCUGGCGCAGGCAGUGAGGUUUUUCAUGUGUACCGACACUUGCGACGGAGAGAGAAUGACAGACAGGACUUCAUUGCAGUCAAGGCAAAUGAGGAAGAGUUGGAGGAGGAAUUCCAAGAGACCAUGGCCAUGCACAGAGCAGAGGAUGAUGCCAGAACAGCCAAAAAGAGAAAGCAGCGACAGAAGCUGGCACAAAAGAUGACCAAAAUAGAGAGUGAGGGUGGGGAAAAGGAGGAGGCCAAGCCAGCUGAAAAAGACAGCAGUGAAGAGGAGGCAGAACACUUUACCAUUGGUGGAAAAUAA